AUGUCAAACACAAAACGAUCUGACGAUACCUCAAUACAUUGUAUUCCUUUUCGAGGAUUCUUAAAAGGAGAUGCUCGUUUCUUAUUAUUUUCUGUUUUUAUGCAUGAAAACCUAUUAAUGAGUGAUAUCAAGUCAGAUCCGUAUGCCAAUUUAAGCUGGAUUAUGCCCAGGACACACGAAUACUUUAACUUGAAAGGUCGUUUCUAUAUUGCAUCUGCACCUAUUCAAAUCACACGCUUUCCGCCACCCAAAAUAACAAAGGAAAAUGCAAGUGGUUAUUGGGAACAAGAGCGCUUGAGGCAAUGGUCUUUAUUAGAUCAUCAACUAAGGGCGACAUUUACUUGGCCAUCAAGAACAGAAGUAAUUGAUAAUAAGUCAUUACUUUGUCAGUCACUCCCUUAUGAUAAAAGCUGUUUAUUGAUUGAUAUUGCUAUGGAUAACUUUUGUCUGCUAGUUUAUAAAGUAACAGAGGCAGAGUACCUUGAUUACUCUAUCUUUCCACCUAAAAGAAUGGUA